CAGGUACAUCACGGGUGCUGAAAACUCACCGCCGUCGUCAACGCUGUUGCAAAAAGCCAUGGCGACCGUGGCCGUGACCUUUGUGGUGGAGUGCUCGUGCACCGAACACGGUGAGGAGGUCUAUGUGGUGGGUUCGCACAAGCGCUUGGGCGCUUGGGAUCCCAACGAGGCUCUUCGUUGCACCACCAGCGCGGACCGCUUCCCCCGAUGGACGUCCAGUCCGGUGAAUCUGCCCAAUGGCAGCAGGAGUGAAUUCAAGAUGGUGAUCCGCGGUCCCGGCGGCAAGAAAUGGGAGCACGGCCAGAACCGGCUCCUGGAAGUGUCCACCAAGGAGGUAAAGAUGUCGGUGAAUUGUUGUUGGGGUCAGCCUGGCUUCAACGAAGAUGGCGACCGUGUAGGGGAGCUGCCUGGUGACUUCCGCCGCGCCAGCUCCGGCGGCUCGGAGAGGGAUGGGCCGCUGACGAGGAUGAUGGAGACGGGAUCCUCCAUGAACCGCCGCGGCAGCCGGCACCUCUGCAAGACCCGUAACGGCUUGGUGAAUGAAGAGAUGUCCAGGACGCCCAGCUUGUUGCUGAUCGACUUCCGCCAGUUCCACGAAUCCGCCGUGGAGCAUGAAAAGGAGUUGGAUGCCAUUGAAGAACGAGCCAAGUUGAACAGGUUGCAGCGCAAGAUGAAGAGCACCCAGCUCAUCGAGCGGAUGGCCAAAAUUACGGACACAGUGGACCCAUCCAAGAUGGUCAUGCUACAAGGCUUCAACUGGGAAAGCUGGCGCGCCGGCGGAGGGGAUUUCUACAGCGCAGUGGGGAAGAAGGUGCAGCUCUUCCAUGAGAUGGGCUUCACCGAUUUGUGGCUUCCCCCGUGCUCACAGUCAGUGGCUCCGCAGGGAUAUUUGCCCUCGCAACUCUUCAACUUGGAUGGCUCGAAGUAUGGAUCACAACAAGCUCUGGAAGAUCUGUUGGAAAAGUGUCACAAGAACGGCAUCCGAUGCCUCGCCGACAUCGUCAUCAAUCACAGGUGUGGGGAUCGUCAAGACGCCCAGGGGCGCUGGAACCAGUUCUCCAGUGGGAUGCAGAACAGGCCCAGCUUCACCGGCGUGGCGGACUGGGGUGGCUGGGCCGUGACCUUGGGCGAUCAGUAUUCGGACGGCAGUGGAAUGCACGGCCCGGGGCACUUGGACGGUCGCUUCGAUGCUGCACCGGACAUUGAUCAUCGCAACCCCAAGGUGCAGGAAUCCAUAAGCAUCUGGCUGCGCUGGCUGCGUUUGCAGGUGGGUUUCGAUGGAUGGCGCUUUGAUUUCGUGAAGGGUUACGGUGCGGAGUUUGUGGGAAAGUAUUGCAGCAAGAGCCACCCCGCCUGGGCAGUGGGAGAGUUGUGGACGGACAUGCACUACGACUGCCACGGACUCUGCUAUGACCAGAACAAGCAUCGUCAGCAGUUGGUGGACUGGAUCAACGCCACCGGAAAGAAGUCCUCGGCCUUCGAUUUCACCACGAAGGGCAUCCUCCAGGAGGCCUGUCGUUUGACGCAGUUCUGGCGUCUGAGGGACCGCGAGGGCAAGCCGCCGGGACUCAUCGGCUGGUUGCCGCAGUACGCUGUGACCUUCAUCGACAACCACGACACCGGCAGCACCCAACGCCACUGGCCCUUCCCAGAUGACAAGGUCCUGAUUGGCUACGCGUACAUCUUGACCCAUCCUGGAAUUCCCUCGGUCUUCUGGGAUCACAUCAUGGAUUGGGGCGACGAACCGAAAAAGAAGAUCUCCGCACUGAUGAAAGCCCGGCGCGACUCAGGAAUUCCGGUGGAUGCCCCUGUGAACAUCCACUGCGCCGACGACACACUCUACCUGGCGGAGAUCGGCUCGCCACCGGGGCUGCGGGUGGCCCUGGGCCCGCGCCCGGCGGGGCAGCCGGAUAUGAACUAUUGGAGCAACGGCCCCAGCGGCCACGGCUGGCGCAUUUGGGUGAAGCGAAGCGCUUCCAGUACCAAGUACACCUCCCUGACCGCCUCGCCUGAGGCGACGCCGAUUGGAUCUCCCCGCGGCCGCGCCAAGAGGGAAGAAGCCCUGGGGCUUGGUCCAGACAUGUUGACCGCUGACACGCUGAAGAUCAUGGACGCACCCCAGUUGCAGAAGCUCAAGGAACGCUUGCAGGCCUUGCUGAAUGCCACCGAAAUGGCGCUGGCGCAUCGGAAGGCCAACGGGUCUCGCUAGUCACGUCCGCCACAGCCCGGGUCCAGUCGCGGCCCGCGGCAAUGGAUGGCCCCGGGUGACAGGUAAGCCUUGCUUCGGGGUGCGUUGUUCGAGU